UGUUGGGAAAUUUUAAAUCAGCUGACGACGUUGGACACAUUUUUCACGGUUUUACCAAGUUUUACACUAUUAAAAGACCCAACGUGAUAAAGCCACACAUUUCAUGUACAGUUACUGCAUACGAGUUGUAUAUAUUUACUCACUGCUUACUCCUAAAAAACUGAAUUAACUAGAUACCGUGGACUUUAUUAAUAAUCCUGCAGUAAUCGUUUUAGAUUGCGUUUAAAAACUGGUGUAGUGUAUGCGGACAAAAGAGCAGAGAACCAAUCUACAAAUCUGUAACAAGGUUCUCAAGCUGCUUGUACAAAAUACAUCACGAGUACAGUUUCAUGACUUUAAGGAAAAGAUAAGCUGCAUAUAGCGAGCCUACUGAAUUUACUGUUGGUUUCAGGCCAUAAACAACUUAAGCAUUAAACUGUUCAUGACUGAUCAGCGUAUUCAUAACUAAACCACAUCAGGAAAAAAAAAUUAUUUCCAUAAAAGCUGAUUGCCUCAGAUCACUGAUUAACCAUAUUUCAUGAAUCAUAGUAAUAAAGGAAGGUAGAAGAUCAGAUUCAUGUUAACCUUCUUUAAUUCUUCUGUAUAUGAUCCAGCAGGAGAGCUUCCCAGGCCUCCAGGCACCGUCCCUAUGAUCCCGGCUUACGGCACUGAUCCUUACGCCAACUCUUUCUCAAACGGACAGGUUCCCCUGCCCCCAGGUUUCGUGCCCCCUCAGGCAAAUCCGGCGAUGACCUUUCCACCAGGAUAUGUGCCGCCUCAGAUACCCCCAAUAAUGCCCGUCCCACAGAGACCACCUGGAUGCCCACCUGGACUGGAGUACUUAACCCAGGUUGACCAGCUCCUUGUCCAUCAGAAGGUCGAACUGGUUGAAGUUCUUUUGGGUUGGGAGACCAACAACCAGUACGUUGUGAAAAACAGCCUGGGACAGCAAGUGUGGCUAGCCGCAGAAGAGAGUGACUUUUGCACGCGGUUAGUUUGCGGUCCUGUGCGUUCUUUUGUCAUGCACCUGCAGGACAACGUGGGGCAGGAAGUGCUCACUCUUACCCGGCCUUUAAAGUGCAGCAGCUGCUGGUUUCCUUGCUGCUUACAGGAGCUCGAGGUCCAGGCCCCUCGUGGUACUCCUAUUGGAUAUGUGAUGCAGGACUGGCACCCGUACCUCCCCAAAUUCACCAUCAGGGACGCGAGUAUGAGAGCGGUGCUGCGCAUCGUUGGUCCUUUCUGCCAGUGGAACUGCUGCUCAGACGUCGUUUUUAAGAUCACGUCCCUGGAUGAGGCUUCAGUAAUCGGUAGGAUAAGCAAACAGUGGUCAGGCCUGGAAACCGAACUGUUUACGGACGCAGAUAAUUUCGGGGUGCAGUUUCCUAUGGAUCUGGAUGUUAAAAUCAAGGCUGUUGCAUUGGCCGCUUGUUUCCUCAUUGAUUUCAUGUUUUUUGAGCACUCACCAAAUCAAGACUCACAUCAUUAAUAUCACAGAGCGUUGUUUUUUUGAUCAUGUAUGUAUGAACUGUACUGUACGUGGCGGCACGGUGGUGUAGUGGUUUAUUACUGUGGCCUCACACCUCCAGAGUCUGGGUUUUCUCCGCACAUGCUGGGUUUCCUUCAAGUACUUUGGUUUCCUCCCAUAGUCCAAAGACAUGCAGAUUAAGUUGAUUGGUUUUCCCAAAUUGCCUGUAGUGUGUGAAUGAGUGUGUUUGUACAUGCAAUAAAGCGGUGUAGAAGAUGAAGAUCUAUGUAUGUAUGUAUGCUAUGGUAUGUACAGUAUGUAUGUACAGUAUGUAUGCCAAGUUAAAAGUUUAUGAAAUAUAUAUUUUUAAAACGAUAUUUUACAACAAAGCAGCACCUGUACAGCAAAAAAAAAAAAAAGAGAUAGAGAGAGGAACCAAAACUCAGAAAGCAGAACCUAUUCGUGUUUGAGUAAACAUCCCGAUUGUGUGAGGAUGGAAGUAACUAGAAAAAACUAAAGCAAGCUAUCAGCCUGAAAUGCUACACCUAUUCAUCAUUUCAUCAUUCUAGUAAUGUAAUAAGCAUGUAGCUGCCUGGCCAUGGAGUCUGGCUUACACUCAAACCAUCGAGACAAUUCCUGGAAGACACCACCUCCACUGAGAACUCUGAUCGUCGGCCAGUAUUGAGUGUGGUGUUGCUCUGCAUACACUUACUGUCUAAAUCCACCCAUAAAGCCAAACAAAGCAGAUAUUUGGGUGUGGAAUCACUA